AUGGGUGUGACGAUGUUUAUCGCCACUGCAAUAGCUGCUUACAGAAACUUUAGCACCAAAAGUUUUGGGAAAAACACAAAAUCCGCUCAAAGUUGGUACAGGAGUAAAAACAAACCCAGAAAGAGCGAACCCAGAAACCCUAGGACCAGAAUCAAGUGGACUGACCAACAAAAAAAAAUCAUAUCUGCAGUUUCUGCGGGCAGUUCCGUGUUCAUCACGGGCUCGGCAGGGACCGGAAAAACAGAAUUGGUUAAGCAUAUUAUCGAGCUGUUAAAAAAAUGUCACUCCCCAUCUGGGGUCUUUGUCACAGCGUCUACUGGGGUCGCAGCGUGCGCUAUUCGGGGACAAACGUUGCACUCUUUUGCGGGCAUUGGGUACCCCAUGGCGGAUCGCCGCACUUUGCUGGAUAGGGUUCUUCAGAAUAAGAGGGCCUACAGGAGGUGGAACAAAGCUGAGGCAUUGGUUAUUGAUGAAAUUAGCAUGGUUGACGCAGAGCUGUUUGAGAGUCUUGAAUACAUUGCAAAGAAGUUACGUGGUGGAGAUGAGGUUUGGGGUGGGAUUCAGCUUGUCGUGAGUGGUGAUUUCUUUCAGCUACCACCAGUUUUUGGUCAUCAGAAUUCGUCGGGCAAAGUGUUUGCAUUUGAAGCUGAUUGCUGGAAUGCAAGUUUUGAUAUGCAACUUGAGCUUACGGAGAUUUUCAGACAAUCAGAUGCUCGGUUCGUCAAAAUGCUUCAAGGUAUAAGGAGAGGGGAUUGUGAUCCUCAGGACUUAGAGGUUCUAGAACAGUUGUGUUCGAGGACCGAGUCGGAUGAGUUAGAUCCGUCUGUGGUACAGCUCUAUCCAUUGAAAGAAGAUGUAAGGAGAGUGAACGAGACGAGGAUGGAAAGCUUUUCCGAGGCGGCCACCACAUAUUUAGCCUCUGACAGUGGUGAGAAUCCCUGGAAGAUUCAGCUCAAAGAAGGGAUAGCACCCGAUGAGCUUUUCCUCUGUGAAGGUGCAAGAGUAAUGCUGAUCAAGAAUUUGAAUACUUGGCGUGGAUUGGUGAAUGGUAACACGGGUACAGUUAUUGGAUUUUCAGAGUCAGAGGGUGUGGAUGUAAGAGAUAUAUGUUCUGAAAACCGGCUGCCUAUAGUCAAAUUUGAUUCAGGGCCAACGAAGGUGAUUGAGCCAGAAACUUGGGUUGUGACAGAGGGAGAUACAGUUGUUGCUAAAAGAAAGCAGCUGCCCCUUUUACUGGCAUGGGCUCGAAGUAUUCACAAGUGCCAGGGCAUGACUCUUGAUAAACUUCACACCAAUCUAUCUAGAGCUUUUGGCUGUGGAAUGGUCUAUGUUGCACUCUCCCGGGUGAGGAGUUUGGAAGGUCUUCAGUUAUCUGGUUUCAGUCCCUCGAAGAUCAAGGCACACCCGAAGGUCUUGCAGUUCUACAAAAGUUUUGCUUGUGAACCAAGUACUACUAAGGGUACAGAUGAAGGUGCCAACAAGAUCAGAUUUGACACCAGUGGCUUAGUACAUGUUUCAAACACAACAAACAAAGGAGCAUCAGAAUACCAUUUUUCUCUUUCUGAAUUCAUCUCUUCACGUCAGAAAAGAAAAUGA